UAAUAAUUUUCAAGAAACAUUCCAUUCAGAAUUUAAUUGCAAAACACACACCUCCUUGCUGUUGACCAAACCACCACGCACUCUUCUUCUAAAUCACACCCUCUUUCCCACACUCUCUUAGGUCACAUGGCUUAGAAUUUGUGCUACACCAACUAGAAAGAUCGAGCUAGCUAACAAGAAGGUAAGGCCAAAAUCACCAAGGUGGUUUCAAACCCAAUUUUCAAAUUAUCAAUAAAAGGGGUAUGGAAGGAGAGAGAGGUGUCAAUCCCAAUUAUGAGCUCCAAGUUUCAUUCACGAACACCCCUCAAGCCAUCCAUGAAAUGGGUUUUGUUCAAUUCGAAGAAAACCAGGUUCUUAGCUUCUUGGCACCUUCUGCUCAAUCCCAAUCUUCUCAGCUCUCUCAAUCUCUAAACCCUGGCAACGGCAACACAGGUGUUGCUGUUGCUACCACAACUGUCACUACUAGCACCGCCGUCACUUCUUCAACAACAAUUGGUUUCAGCCAUAAUGACCUUGUAUCAAGAUCAUCUUGGAAUAAUGAACAGGUGCGAACACUGGAUCCCAAAGCUGUCAAUGAUGAAAAUUGCACCGGAAAUACUAGUGAUGGCAACAACACAUGGUGGAGAAGUGGAGGCUCAGAGAAGAACAAAGUGAAAGUGAGGAGGAAGCUGAGAGAGCCACGGUUUUGUUUCCAAACAAGAAGUGAUGUCGAUGUGCUUGAUGAUGGUUACAAAUGGAGGAAGUACGGUCAGAAAGUUGUGAAGAAUAGCCUUCACCCAAGAAGUUACUACCGCUGCACCCAUAACAACUGUAGGGUGAAGAAAAGAGUUGAACGACUCUCAGAAGAUUGUCGUAUGGUGAUAACUACCUAUGAAGGCAGACACAAUCACUCUCCUUGCGAUGACUCGAAUUCAUCGGAACAUGAAUGUUUCACCUCGUUUUGAACAAUUAAUGUCGUUUCAAUAAUUAUUCUGUAUUAAUAAUUAAUUAGUUGUGACAAUUUUUCAUCUAAGAUAUUGUCGUCUACUUAUAUUGUUAGUCAGCUCAGUUACUCUUUCAUGGAUGAACUCAUUUGUAUGUUGUCUAUAAAAUUUUCAAAAUAGAAAAAUUAAAAGCCCUUCA